AUGGUUUUGAGUUGUUCUACGUAUUCCGUGGUGGCUUUGCGAAAGGGGAGGCGCCGCGCCGGUGCAACCCCUUGCACCAUUCUUAGGCAUUCAGUAGUCCGCGAGACUCCACGGCGAGCAGUCGUGUGCUCCGCUAACCGAAAUCAAGCCAAACUUUUCACGGACUUCGAAGAAACAGAUUACAAGUUUACCGCCCUCUUAAUCACUACUUCGCGUGUGUUGAAUGCUAUCCAA